CGUUUAAUUACAUAUUUCGUAUUCUGCUAUUUACAUGAUUCAAUACCCACAUAAAUAUACACAGGUAUUUAUGGCUGACACGGAAGGUUCCGGUUUAGUAAUAUAUGACUCGUCUAGAAAGCUUAUGUGCAGAGUCGAAUCUGAUUACAUGAAACCAACUAAUCCCCAUUUCUCCGUAGCAGGCCAAAAUUUUACUCAUGAGGGCGGUAUUUACAGCGUGACCGUCAGUGGCGGUGAUCUUUAUUAUGCUCCUAUAGCGGGAAAGGAACUUUAUAAAAUAAAGAUAAGGACGCUACUAAAAUGUCCAAAUAAAGAAAGGGCCAAUAAACAAAGUAAACUCGCGUUUAAAUUGUCAAGUCAAACAGGACCGAUGACGUCGGUGAAAAAUGUAAUAUUUUAUAGCGACAUUUCUAAUAUGUCUCUUUUAGGCAAGAACGUCUAUUGGAAUUGGAGAAAGCCGGUGGUGCUCGCACAAGAUUCUGAAAAAUUGCAAACUAUACAUGGGCUGAAAUAUUCGGCUCCUUGGGACCAACUACUAUGUUUUACAGAUAGAUAUCAGCUUUCUGCAUUAGAUAAAAUGAAUCAAAACAAAAUCAACUUCCGCUAUUUUGAAAUGAACUUAACAGAAAUACGGGCGAAAACAAAUAAUUUGUUUCAAUAACUAUAUUAAGUCAGCUUGAUCCUCAAUAUUUUAACAUAUUUUAACGU